GCAGAUGUGGAAAAAUGUUCACCUCAGAAAAAGGAGUUGUGGAAGAGUGGUUGUCAGAAUUUAAGACACUGCCGGAAACAUCUUUACCAAAUUAUGCCACAAACUUGAAAGACAAGAGCGCUUUAGUUUCAUCUCUCUAUAAAGUGAUCCAGGAACCACAAAGUGAGUUGCUAGAACCCGUAUGUCACCAACUCUUUGAAUUUUAUCGCAGUGGAGAAGAACAAUUACUUCGAUUUACACUGCAGUUUCUCCCAGAAUUGAUUUGGUGCUACCUUGCCGUGUCAGCCAGCAGAAAUGUGCAUAGCAGUGGAUGCAUUGAAGCACUUCUACUAGGGGUUUACAAUUUGGAGAUAGUUGACAAAGAGGGACAUAGCAAAAUAUUGAGUUUUACGAUUCCAUCUUUAUCCAAACCAUCUGUGUACCAUGAACCUUCCAGCAUUGGUUCCAUGGCUCUGACUGAAAGUGCACUAUCCCAGCAUGGUUUAUCAAGAGUUGUAUACAGUGGACCACAUCCUCAGAGGGAGAUGUUAACAGCCCAGAACAGGUUUGAGGUAUUGACGUUCCUUUUACUGUGUUACAAUGCUGCUUUAACCUAUAUGCCCAGUGUUUCUCUUCAAUCACUGUGUCAAAUUUGUUCAAGACUCUGUGUAUGUGGUUAUCCUCGACAACAUGUGAGAAAAUACAAAGGUCUGAGUAGCAGAAUACCAGUUUCUUCAGAAUUCAUGGUGCAAAUGCUAACAGGGAUUUAUUUUGCAUUUUAUAAUGGAGAAUGGGAUCUAGCUCAAAAAGCAUUAGAUGAUAUUAUAUACAGAGCUCAGCUGGAGCUAUAUCCAGAACCACUGUUGGUUGCUAAUGCAAUAAAGGCUUCCCUGCCUCGUGGUGCCAUGAAAUCUAGUAAGGAGGGCACAAGGUGUAUUCAAGUUGAAAUUACACCAACUUCCUCCAGAAUAUCAAGAAAUGCAGUAACUAGCAUGUCUAUAAGAGGUCAUAGGUGGAAAAGACAUGGAAAUACAGAUUUAACAGGUCAAGAAGAGCUGAUGGACAUAUCUGAAGUUGACGAGGGAUUUUAUUCCAGGGCUGCGUCUAGUACCAGCCAGUCGGGGUUAUCAAAUAGUUCUCACAAUUCUAGUAACAAGACAAGUGUAGGAAAGAACCAGAGACGGUCAGGAGGAAGCAAAACUGGAGGAAAAGAAAAAGAAACUACAGGGGAAUCUUGCAAAGAUCACUUUGCUCGAAAACAAACACAGAGAGCCCAAAGUGAGAAUCUUGAGCUUCUCUCUUUGAAGAGACUUACUUUAACAACCAGCCAGUCCCUGCCCAAGCCUAGUAGCCAUGGUUUGGCCAAGACCGCCACUACUGUGUUUAGUAAAUCCUUUGAACAAGUUAGUGGGGUCACAGUCCCACAUAACCCAUCAUCUGCUGUUGGUUGUGGGGCUGGGACAGAUGCCAAUAGGUUUUCUGCCUGUAGUCUCCAAGAAGAAAAGCUUAUUUACAUUUCCGAAAGGACUGAACUUCCCAUGAAGCAUCACUCAGGUCAGCAGAGACCUCCUAGUAUUAGCAUUACUCUGUCGACAGAUUAAUUUCUAACAACAUAUUUGUCACACUAACCAGUGGAUCUGGAAAUACCACUUUGCUUCUGUAUGAAAGUGCAGUCUUUCAUCCCUGUUCCUGAGAGGAACCCUUAAUGUCUUAAAUUCUGAAGGCUACCUUGGAAUAAUGUCUCAGUUGCAGACUUUUGAAAUAUAGUUUUGUUAUUUCUUGAUUGUGGUUUCCCCCCUUGGCUUGAGUCUCCCCCCCCCCUUUUUUUUUUAAUGCCACCGUGAGAUAGCCACUUUGCCAAUAAAUUUUGGCAGGUUGGCU